AUAUAUAUUUUCACGGCUCAAUAAUCAAGUCACCCGGAAGUCCGAACCAAAAGGCAAGUACAAACGGAAAAGGAAAACCGGUGCUUCCAUACAAUCGGAAGAUGGCGUCAGCAGAUACCGACGUGACUAUGGUUCCCGCCGGCGAGGGGUCUUCCGGCGCCGGACCUUCCAACACUAAUCCGACGUCGUCCAGCAAGAAACCGAAGCGAUUCGAGAUCAAGAAGUGGAACGCCGUGUCUCUCUGGGCCUGGGAUAUCGUGGUCGAUAAUUGUGCAAUUUGCAGGAAUCAUAUUAUGGAUCUGUGCAUUGAGUGUCAAGCUAAUCAAGCCAGUGCUACAAGCGAAGAGUGUACGGUUGCCUGGGGUGUUUGCAAUCACGCCUUCCACUUCCACUGCAUUAGCAGAUGGCUCAAGACACGUCAAGUUUGCCCUCUGGAUAACAGCGAGUGGGAGUUUCAGAAAUAUGGUCAUUAGAAGUCAGUGCUGGGAUCGGAAUCGGGUAUUCUCGUUUUGUGUAAGAAGGCUGGAAUCUAGUUGUGAGUUUCCGACAGUGUGGUAUUUGGUUAUGUUGGACAGAUUGGAAUUCGAUUCACCGCUUUUAGUUUUAAUUGUAGCAAAUUGAAGACCUGCAUAUUAUAUUCGAGUCCUUGUGCAUGAUUUGUGACAUCUCUAAAUUGCUAGUUGAUGCAGAAACUGUGAUAUAAAUUGUGCUUUAUAUGAUUUUGGGUAAACUGCUGAAUUGAAUCCAUUUGUUGUGAGCAUGAUAUUGGCAGGCAGCAAAGAAUUAUUUCAUGCAUUACAUAUUAAACAAA